UAUUUUAUAUUCUAUCUUCUUCAAGGAACAUAAAAAGAUCCGCAUGAACCAGAGCCAAUUGAAUCGCAACACCAGCAUGGCAGCAGGUCCUGCUUAGCGUCAUCACCGUUCAGUAGGUCUGCGACAUUUGGCAUAACAUUUCCACUCGCAAGAGCCAGCAUUGCCGGCACAUUAAACGCACAUCCAUUACAAAACACCCCUUGUUUCCCCCAAAACGAACCCAAACUCAGAGGGCCCAACCACAGUUCGAAAAUGUUAGACGUUUCUAUGCUGGAGUUGUUGAAAAGAUGUCAUUUUGACUUGAAGCAGCCGUUGGUGGAGAAGGGAAGAGCAGAGAAGAGAAGCGAAGGCGCAGCAAUACAGUGGAAUAAAAAAGUUUCUCUUUUUGGCGGCGGCGGGCAUUUUUUCCCCUACUGUUUGCGAUUGGAUUGAGCUCUGGUUUUGGCGGGAGAGAAGGGAUGUGGCGCGUGACGAGGACGGGAUCGCCGGAGGUGCUAAGGGUCAGUGAUUCUUCGCCGGAUUCAGCUGAGACGGCCUUUCGCGAGCUCGAUGAUGUUUUCUUGCAGACUCAGACAAGAAUAUGGCUUGGAGAAGUUCUGCAUAUAAGGUUUGGCGACAAUGUGGGAAUUGCUGACUUGCUAGCUGAUGGAGAACUGCUGUUUCAAGUGUCUAAAGAAGUAUGGAAGAUGCUCCUGAGAAAACAUGGUGAACUAAAGCAUUCAAAAGUGCAUAUAUAUGAGCGUACUUCAUCUGGAAAAAGUGAUGGUAGAUACAUGCCUUAUCCCAAGGUUGAUUCGUUUCUGAAGAUUUGUCAGAUCCUUGGUUUAACUGGAAUUGAUUUGUUCUCGCCAUCCGAUGUUGUUGAGAAGCGAGAUAUUCGCAGAGUUUGCAUGUGUAUUCGUUCUCUAUCUAAGAAAGCCAGGUCUAAGAAAUUGAAUGUUCCAUAUUUUGAUAUUGUCACCCAUAACAUUGCUAUGCCCACCCAUUUGGUGGGCAGUAUUCGCAGAAAUCUGGAGCUUUCAUGGUGUAGCCCUUCAAGUUUCAGUGCAAGUAGCCCAUGGAAUGAUGCAAGGGAAAUUUGCAGACUAAAAAUUCCUUAUGGGCAUCAUUCUCAACAUUCUGCUUCAAGGUCUGUUGAAUCUGAAAGCAACUUCAGUGAUAUUGAGUUUGAGAGUCCAUUUUUGAGUGCUUCAUAUGAUGCCACUAAUGUAAAAUACAUAGUUGGCGAAACCUCCCCUGGAUUAUCCCCGACCACCGAUGAUUUUGUUCAUGAAACUAGCUGUAGUAACAGUAUCGAGAGCAAUCAUUUUGAAGUUGUAUGUUAUUGUCAUUUGAGCAAAACGCAGACUUGUAUGUUUCAGAACUUGUCAUCUUCUUCAUAUUCUGAGCACCCAACUGAUCAGAAUACAAGUAUUUGUUUCGUUGAUAUUGGCAAGGGGGCUCCUGAUUCAAUUCACAAGGAUGUUAAAAAUGGCCUUAAAGCGGAGCACGUGGCUGGCACUUUAGAUGUUGAAGCCUACAUGAAUGUGAGUUCUCUAAAUGUUGGAUCCUCAGAAGAUAAUCAGCAAUCUCAAUCUUCUUCUCCUACUUUCUCACAUCUUGAGGUUCAUAGUGUUGUAGAAGUUGAACCAUGCAACACGAGACAAAAAAGUUCUGUUUUUGAAAAUGCUAUUGCAACCUACAAUAUGGCUAUGAAGAAUAGAUUUUAUUACAUGGAGACAUCAGAUGACUUUAAAUCCGUUACACCCAAAAGUUAUUCAUUAGAUACUGCAGUAGCUGGAAAUGAUGGAAACUCACCAAGUGAAAUCAAAUCACCUUCAAUACUUGAUGUAAGUUCAACUGAUAAUUAUUCUUUUGACUCUGAACUUGAAGGAUCAUCCUGUACUUUAGCAAGUAAAAAUGCAUACUCAUUUUUCUCUUCACUUGUGGACGAGCAAAACAAGUUUUCAAGAAGUCUAAUAGAUCCACCUGAGAGAAACCAAAAUGAACUGGCUCAUACUAGUUUGUGUUCUAUAGAGAACGAUUUUGCACGGCUAAGUCAGUUUAAUGAUCCAAAUAGUAUGGAGAAAAGAAAUUGUGGUAGCCAGAGCACCAAUCCCUUGAUUUCAUCUUUCAUUGAAAGUGAAUUUGAAUGCUCAUCUUCCUCUAGCGUGUGCUUGACGUGCAGUGAUGUAAAUAUUGAAGAAGCAAGUUAUUUGGUUACAGACAGUUACAUGCAGGAGAAUGAUGUCCACAAAGAAAACUUUAAGACGGACUUGAAUAAACCUUCUAUAAAUUCUUUGGUGCCUGUUGUCCAGGAAGAUGUGGAUAUUGCAGCACAUAGCCUAUCAUUGGAAGAGGGAAAAUUCUGCAACGAUGCCAGUUACAAAAGUUUUCAGGGCCAAUUCAUGUCAAGCAGGUUAAACAGUGGAAUUGAAGUGGGAUCAAAUGUGCUAAAUGAUAAGCAAGUAGAUGCUUCUUAUCAAUCAUGUCAAACACAAGAAAAUUCUGAAAUGUUUGUCGAAGGAAACUUCUCCAAAGAACCAUGCGAACGUUACAAUUUUCAUAUGCCUAAGUCUGAGGGCAAAAAUAAAAUGAGCAAAUGUGCCUUAGAACUCAUUGAAAACCAUGGAAGUUCCUCAAAUUAUACACAAGAUAAAGAUCAUGGCUGCAUUUGUGGCUCAAUGGUAGAUGGCUCUUCAAUUUCUGGCCUUCAACGUAUGGUUUCCACAAUACCUGAACGACAAAAGAGUCCUGAGAAGGAAGACUCGGUAGAACAUACAGAUGUUUCUUUUUAUGAUGGCAUAUUCUCUUCUGAUGAUUCUGAUCGUUCUGAUGAACUCAAAAUGCAUCAAUCUUCUCAUGAUGCAUCAGGCAUUGUAUUCCUGCUCUCUGACUAUGAAUCAAAGAUUCCUACAAGCAAGAAAGGCCCAGAAAUGACUGUGGUUGAUAAGAAAUCAUCAGUCAAUCCAGAAAACUGUCAAUAUGAUGAUGGCAAGAUGAGAGAUUUUGGGCAUCAAAUGAAAAAAUUGAAUUCAUUCUGUGCGAAAGAUUUUGAGGUUCUUGAUGUCAUGGAAACUUUAGGUGAAAGCUUCCAGACAGUUCAUAUCCCUCCAAGCUCAACUUCGGACUGCAGAGAACAAAAAGAAGUCGCUUCAGAUGGAAGUAUCGAAGUGGAAAAACAUGUUGUGUCCUACAUUCACAAUACUUAUGCAGAGCCCAAUAAUGCGCCACAAGCUAAACUGGACCACAGUAUGUUUCAGAAGGAUAUUAAGCUACAUGAAUGUGGUAAAAGCAAAAGCAGAGAAGGCAGAACUGUUGGAAAGACAGGAAACCAAGUUCUAAAAUCAGUUGCAGGGGUGAUGACAAUGGUUGGUGCUUUUGUCCUUUUGCUUCAUGUAAGGCAGAAGAAUGAUAAAGAAGAAAAAAAUGAAACGUGGAUGCCAUUCCAAAUCCAGAAGCCAAACCGGGAAUUCUUCACUACAAGGAAAAUUAAGAUUGGUAAAUCCGACUCAUUAUACCCUGCUGAAAAGCUCAAGUUCUAAGAAUUAUGAUUUUUUUUUUUUUGGUGCAUAUCAAAAUGCUUCACCCUUUAUAUGGUAAAUACAUGAGGAAAUUUUUUAGUUUUUUUACAUUAUAGAUAAGCAAAUGUUACUGUCAGUAAUGAACACAUGAGUCUGCUUCUGAUCAUAUUACUUAAGAUAGUGGAGAAAACAUCGGCAAUGUAUAUAGUUAUGCAGAGUAAACAUUUCUCAAUAAAAUCAUUUAGCAUUGAAAGUUUA